CUUCUGCGCGAUCAUUCCGUGACGUUUGUUGAACGGACAACUGUCACAAAUAAAGUUCUAUUAUUGUUAAGUUACUGCGAUUUAUUAUAUUCUAGCUUCUCAAUUCAAAAUAAAACAUGUCGUACGCUUAUUUAUUCAAAUACAUUAUUAUAGGAGACACAGGAGUUGGGAAGUCCUGUCUGUUGCUCCAAUUCACAGACAAAAGAUUUCAGCCUGUGCAUGACCUAACAAUAGGUGUCGAGUUUGGUGCUCGAAUGAUAACAAUUGAUAGCAAGCAAAUCAAGUUACAAAUUUGGGAUACAGCAGGACAAGAAGCUUUCAGGUCCAUCACCAGAUCUUAUUACAGAGGAGCUGCAGGUGCUCUUCUUGUCUACGACAUAACCAGAAGGGAAACAUUCAACCACCUCACAACCUGGUUGGAUGAUGCAAGGCAACACUCUAAUUCCAAUAUGGUCAUUAUGUUGAUCGGAAAUAAAAGUGAUUUGGAGAGUAGAAGAGAAGUCAAAAAGGAAGAAGGUGAAGCUUUUGCUAGGGAACAUGGGUUAGUUUUUAUGGAAACUUCAGCUAAAACUGCGGCUAAUGUUGAGGAAGCUUUCAUAAAUACAGCUAAGGAAAUUUAUGAAAAGAUUCAGGAAGGUGUGUUCGACAUCAACAAUGAGGCAAAUGGAAUCAAGAUUGGUCCCCAGCAUUCUCCAACCAACCCUUCCAUUCCCGGUGCUGCAGGUGCCAGUGGAUCACAGAGCGGAGGUUGCUGUUAAAAAAAAUCCCCCUAACCAUAUUUUUAUCAUUCUUAAGUCCAAGAAUUACGAGAUGGUCAUUUUAUUACAAGUACCUUGUUCUAUUUAUUUUGAAGUUACUGUGCGCGGUAAUAUUCUAGCGAAUGGUCUGAGAGUUUUCAUUUUAUCGUAUUGACAAUUGCGUUGAUAAUUUUUCAAUUAGAAUCCUAUACCAUUCUUAAGACAAAGUGGAUUGUUCACUUUGGAACCUUUUAACGAGAUUAGUGUUUACAGGGAAUUUAAGGUGUUUUCGGAGCCUCCUUUAAUACCUAUCUGCGAUUAUUUGUAUUCUCUGUCUUUUAGUUGGAAAAAUAAUUUGCAUUUCUUUCCCAGAAAUGACUUAUUUUGUUAAUUGAAAAGGGUAUUAAUAAUCUGAAUUGUAAUUUUUGUAUGUAAGCUUCAGUAUAAUCAAAUACAAAUUGUAAAGUACA